ACGCGCGGGCUCUAGCUGAGGCCGAUUCCGCGCCCGCCAUGGCCGACAAAAUGGACAUGUCUCUGGACGACAUCAUUAAGCUGAACCGAAGCCAGCGAGGCGGCCGCGGCGGGGGCCGGGGCCGUGGCCGGGCCGGGUCUUGCCGUGGCCGUGAGCGCGCGAGAGAGCCCUGGAGUGAGACUCAAUGGGUCUGUUUCUGUUCUGGUGUUUUUCUUUUCCUUCAGCCGAAACAACUUCCUGACAAAUGGCAACACGACCUUUUCGACAGCGGAUUUGGGGGUGGUGCCGGCGUGGAGACGGGUGGGAAACUGCUGGUGUCAAAUCUGGAUUUUGGAGUAUCCGACGCUGAUAUUCAGGAACUCUUUGCUGAAUUUGGAACUCUGAAGAAGGCGGCCGUGCACUAUGAUCGCUCUGGCCGCAGUUUAGGAACAGCUGAUGUGCACUUUGAACGGAAGGCAGAUGCCCUGAAAGCUAUGAAACAGUACAACGGUGUCCCUUUGGAUGGCCGCCCCAUGAACAUUCAGCUUGUCACGUCACAGAUUGACACACAGCGGAGGCCUGCACAGAGUGUAAACAGAGGUGGAAUGACUAGAAACCGUGGUUCUGGAGGUUUCGGUGGUGGUGGCUCCCGGAGAGGCACCCGUGGAGGCAGCCGGGGCAGGGGCAGAGGCACUGGCAGGAGUUCAAAGCAGCAGCUUUCUGCAGAGGAGUUGGACGCCCAGCUGGAUGCUUAUAAUGCAAGAAUGGACACCAGUUAAACAGACCAGCAAAUCCGUGCAUGGGACAGGACCCAGACAUCUCGUGUGCACUCCCUGACGGGAGGAGGGUGGCAGACUGGGGCUGUGCGGCCAAUGAUGGAUUUGUUUCUUUUAUGUUUUAAAAUAGGAUUUAAAACUCUUGUAAAGGUUUUUUUUGUUUUUUGGUUUUGUUUUGUUUUUUUUUUAAUUCUGAAACAGACCUGUUUUGUACCAAGUUAUUUUUGGGAUAAAUUUUACUGAUUGCUGUUGUGGAGAAGGUGGUGUUUUCACCUUUGCCAUAAUAAAAUAGAAAUGCGUGUAGAACUGGAA